CAUGCUGCAUGAAUUUUGUUCACAAUUCACACAACAUUAAAUCGUUGAUUUUUAACUUCGUAAAAUGUAAAAAAGGUGCUUUAAAAUUAUUUGAAAUGGAUGAGUAAGCUAUAGAGGAUUUAGAGGCCACGCUAAAUUGUUAAUAGUUAAAGACGGAUAUCGCAGCCGCUUAUUAAUUAUAAAAGUGUAAAACAAUUUGUACUUUUUCUUACCAACAGACAUAAAUCCAGCCAACAAAAACAUCUUCAUAUUAAGCACUAUAUUUCUUUGUUUCUAAAACGUCUGAACGCACCGUUUGGCCGCCAUCUUGGAGGGACAGAUAAAUGUAGCGUACAAGUAAACAAGUGAUUAUUAUUAAGAUUUGAAGUGAUAGCAGAGUUAUAUGAACAUUUAUAGUGCGAAGUAUGAAGCCUAUGGACUCGCUCUCCGAAAAGAGACUCUAUAGAGAGACUUUGAGUGCGAUAGAGAAAGCGAGGUACCUAGAAAAAAUGAAAUCAAAGACCCGUACGAGGCAACAUUUGUAAAGGGAUUUUUUUUGACGAUAAAUCCUUACUGCCGACCAUCAGCUACCCUGACAUUGUGAAUUAUUUAAUAUUCACACCCAGCCCCUACUCCAAGGAUGAUCUAAAGGCCUACAAGGGUCUCAACUGCUAUGUGCAGGCCCAGUGUGGCUGGGUAUCUGAGGUGAAGGCUGCAGUUGUUGGAGACAGGCAUGUCGUGAUUGGAAAGGUUCUACAUUCCAUGCGUUUGAAGGAGAAGCCGCUCAACCCAUGGCUCAUCUCAGAGAAAAAUGGUUCAAUCUUGGCAUCCCAUUGUGACUGAAUGGCUGGCUUAGGCGAAGUUUGUACACAUGUUGCUUCCCUGAUGUUCAGUAUAGAUGAAACUGUCCGUCUCCGUGAUGCUCGCACUAGAACAGAAGAUCCAAACUGGUGGAUAAUACCUUCAGCUGUGAAGGGGGUCUCAUACAGCAUGAUUAAAGACAUUGAUUUUACAUCAAUGCGUUCUCUGAAGAGAAAGUAUGAGAAUGUGGGAGGAGAUAUACCUUCCUAUCCGCAGUCGUCCACAACCCAGAAACAUCUGAAAGAUGUGCCAACACCAACAGAUGCAGAACUGAAUGGAUUCUUUUCAAAACUAAGUGCUACUGGGAGAAAUCCAGCCAUUUUGUCUGUAGUUAAAGAAUUCUCUGAUGACUAUGUACCGAAACAGGACAAAAUGGACCUACCAGCUCCUUUAGGGAAUUUGAAGACAAAAGAUGCAAUGAUGAUGAAUUAUGGACAACUUGUAAAUCAUUGUGCUGGCAUACAGCUGACUGUGUCCAAGGACCAAAUAGCGAAUGUCGAGGAUGUGACAAGAAACCAAAGUGAAAGUAAACUGUGGCAAACGUAUCGGGCAGAGCGUAUUAUUGCGUCAAGAGCAAAGCAAGGCUGCUCGACUGAUCCAUCAAAUCCAUCACAAUCACUGAUAAUGGACAUCUGUUAUCCUGGGAAUAAAACAUUUCAAACAGCAGGUACACAAUGGGGGACAAAGAAUGAGCCUGUUGCCAGAAAUGACUUCCAAACGUACAUGGAAGAUAAACACCAGGGCUUCUGUGUUAAGCAGUGUGGGCUAUUCAUUUCUGAACAAUUUCCCUACAUUGGUGCUUCACCUGAUGGACUUGUACAUUGUCAUUGCUGUGGGGCAUCACUCUUAGAAAUCAAAUGCCCAUACACUCUGAAAGAAAGCCUCCUUGACAGCUACUCUGAAAAAUAUUGUUUGACAAGGAACAGUCAAGGAAUAAUGGUGCUUGACCAUAAACACCCUUAUUAUUAUCAGGUUCAAACACAGAUGGGUGUUACUGGCAUAAAGGCAACACAUUUUGUGAUUAUGACUGAAAAGGCAGUACAUAUUGAGCUUGUUCUGUUUGACAUAGAUGUAUGGACUGAAAUCUGUGAAAAGGCGGAAACAUUGAUGAAGGUGGCAAUUUUGCCUGAACUUGUUGGCAAGUUCUAUUCAAAGCUUCCUGGAUGUGGUUUGCCUGUGCAGCCCCUAAAAGAAGUCCAGCCAACCCUGUCUUCUCAAAAUGAGACUGAAAAGACAUGGUGUUACUGUGACCAAGUGGAAUCAGGAGAAAUGAUUUGUUGUGAUGAUGAAAACUGCCAUAUUGUUUGGUUUCACUUCACAUGCUUGAAAAUUGAGCGAAAGCUCAGGGGAAAAAUGGUUUUGUCCUGACUGCCGAAAGUCUGGAUUGUUGAAGAAAAAGAAUUCAACAAAGAAAUGAAAUAGUGAUUUACGUUAAUGUGUUAUGAUGUAUUAACCUGAUUCCAUACGUAUCUGUAUUAACUGCAAGUCAAGGAAAUUUUAUUUACAAAGUUGGAUUGUGUAACAGGACAACCUAAGCUCUAAAGAGCUUUUAGCACCGACUUAUACAUAUCAAGCAGUUUUCAUCAUACAUAGUUAUAAUAAUUAGCACAUAUAAGUUAUUAUAGAAUAAUAAAUGCCAUAGACUAUAUUGUCAACUUUGUGACAUCUUUAUGUAUUUUUGUGUUAUCUAAAGUUAUUUGGUUCUAUUGAAGUAAUUUUCAUUGGCAUUUUGCAUAUAUAUUCAGAUGAUACCGGUAAUUGUGCCUUAUAAGAGCAAAUGAUCAAAUAUCAUUGAAUAAUAAAACUGCAGAAAAAAG